AUGGUGCUGACGAGGAAGCGCCGCGCCGAGCUCGCGUUUCAGGAGAAACUCUACAAUGCGGACAUCUGGGAGUGCAUCGCGAGCUUCCUCGAUGCGCCCGAUCUAGCGCGCCUCGCCCUUACGGCGCGGUUCUUCGUGCCGAUAGCCAUGGAUGAGCGACUGUGGAAAGCGCUGUCGCUCAAGCGGCUCGAGAUCGGCAUCGGCAGCGAGGCGUCGAAAUUUCGGCCGCAUUUCAGCUGGAGAGAGCUCUAUCGAUCGUCAUUUGUCACUGGAAGCCAUAGCUACAGCAUCCAUGAACGCGAGAAACAUCUAGAUUGGAUGCGAAUAGGUGCUUUUACGCUCGUUUCCGGCAAGGCGCUCGCUGCUGGCAGGCUCUGGCAACGAAUCUCAAAGUCAAAGAGGAUAAAACUCGAUGAGAGCUCGGCAUUGUGCCUUGUGCCAAACGUGCUCCCUGGCAUCUGGAUCGCAGAUCUUCAUAUGACGCGCUGCCCCGUUUGUAACUUGCCUGCAUGCCCUGGGACAAUGCAGACACUGGACUUUCGUAACUGGGAGUUGUUCCUGCACGAAGAGUACCAGAACAGAACAUGGUCCUUCAAAGAAAUCGGAAUCAGGAACAUCCGUGAAAACUGUGACGUCGCAGCUGGAGCAGUGUUCGAUUACAAGCGCUUGAUCGACAAAGACACUGCCAAUUCAGGCAUUCUCAAUUUCAAAUCAUGGACCGCGGAGAACGGGAACUAUCAACCGGCCAGCCGCGUCUCUCCCUUCGGUGCGGCUGGAUGUACCAAUCUUCAAAAGAAUGGUGGUUUGCAAGUCAAGUUCUAUGCCAUGCAUGCUGGGGUCGGCGGGCCAGUGGUGGCCAUUCGCGUUUCCCAGCAACUAUUUUGACUGAUCGAAUAAUGUGAAAGAAGGCCAAGUAACCUCCCUACCUUUCAACAAAGGUGACAUCUGCUUCUUAA